AUGGGAUUGAAAUCACCGAUUCCUAUGAAGGACUUGAAAUUCAACGUCCCCGUGUCAUACAACAUACACGUGGACCGGGAGCUCCUCGAGCAAACCAAACAGAAGCUAUCCCUGGCCCGAUAUCCAGAGGAGCAAUCCGACUUUGGAGAGGAUAAUUGGGGACAGGGCGCUAAAGUGUCCCGGGUAAAGCAAUUGACCGAGUUCUGGAGAGACCAGUACAACUGGGAAGAGGAAGAGCGACGGCUGAAUGCCGCUUUCAAUCACUUCCUGGUGAAAAUCGAUGCCCCCGGCUACGGGCCCCUGGUGAUACACUACACGCACAGCCAGUCUGCCCGCUCUAAUGCCAUUCCCUUGCUAUUAUCGCAUGGCUGGCCUGGCUCCUUCGUGGAAGCUAUUCGUGUUGUCCGCCCGCUCACGGAGCCCGAAAGCGCAGCCAAUCCAGCAUUCAACGUAGUCGCGCCCUCGAUACCAGGCUUCGGCUUCUCCCCCGCUCCCACAAAGUCAGGCGUCGGCCCCAACGUCGUUUCACGCGCCUACAAGAUCCUAAUGACCGAAGUCUUGGGAUAUCCAAAAUUCGUAACCCAGGGCGGUGACUUUGGCUCCUUCAUCACCCGCUCCAUCGCAAUUCAGUACCCUCAGGUCGUGCGCGCACAGCACCUGAACAUGUUCCCCGUGCCGCCGCCGACACUCUGGUCCGCUCCGCUUGCGUAUCUGCGCUGGUGCUUCUCCGCGCUCACGUACUCUGAUUUCGAGCACAGAGCGCUGCAGGUACGCUGGAACUUUGAACAGGAUCAGAGCGGGUACUUGGAGGAGCAGAAGACGCGGCCGCAGACGCUGGGGUUUGCGCUGGGCGAUUCUCCGGUUGGUUUGCUGGCGUGGUUUGUAGAGAAGUUCCAUGACUGGGCGGAUGUGUAUGAGGCUUUGAGUGACUCGGAUUUUAUCACGUUGGUGAUGAUGCAUUGGGUCCAGGGCGCGACUCCGGCCCUGCGGUUUUAUCGGGAAGCUUUUGGUCGUGGGAUGAACGAGGCGGGGAGGACGUUUGAGACAUAUGUCUCGAUUCCUACUGGUGUGAGCAUGUAUGCAAAAGAGCAACUGCACUGUCCCCGAGACUGGGCCACCCAGGCCGCUAACAUCCAGUACUGGAGAGAAUAUGAGAAGGGCGGACACUUUUCGUCUCUGGAAAGGCCGGAAUUAUUCGUGAAGGAUCUCCGGGAGUUUAUCUCCUCGUCUGUUGUUCUCAAGUCAUAUCUUCGCGAGUAG